AUGUAGGUAAUUUAGUUCUCUCAUUAAUAUUUGUUACAUUUCAAAAUAUUUAUAGAUAUAGCCGAGGAGCAUUGCUACUAUAGAAAAAUGGAAAACGUUAGCGAUGUUCAGUGCGAAGUAUUUGUUAAGAAUAACGAGAUGCUGGAAGAUUCUAGGGAAGAAAACAAUGAGUUAGAUGGAGGAGAUACAUUAGAACAGGUUGAUGGCGAAUGUGUUCAAUGCAGAGAGAAAGAACUAGAGAUCCGACGCUUAAAAAGACAAGUAUGCCCAUGUUUUAUAAUCAUCUGGCAGUUCAAGAAACAGAACAGACUUAUACGGGAUAUUGGCUACUCUCACCAGGAUAACUGAGUCAGGAGUUCUUGAAUCUCUAAUUAGGUGUAGUUUUCGUGCUUUUAAAGUGCACAGUAAAAGAAUAACAUGGUAUUCAUAUACAUCACACAGAAAGAUGUACAUCUCCACAUAAGAAGUAAAACUCUUAUUAGAAAUUUACUGGUUUACCCUAAUUCAGAAUUGUGUUCAUAUGCGUCUAGAUCCAUCAGUUGAAGCAAAAAAUAGAUAAUGUGGAGUUGAGGGUUGGUAGUUUUUUAAACAAAGAUCAAAUGGAUGCAAUGAAGAAUUCAUCGGGAAAGCCAGUUAUGUGGGAAAAUGAGACUGUUUCAACAGCGCUUAAAAUUCGGUGUGCAACGGGAGUGCAAGGGUACAAAUUCCUUUGCAGUCUCGGCUAUCCAUUGCCAUCUUACCGCACACUGUGUCGGCGCAUUGUCAGUUUAGACUUUGCUCCAGGAAUACAGCACACUGUGUUGGAAUGGAUGCAAUUUAAAGGUGUAAAUAUGACUGCGACAGAAAAGCUAUGUUCUUUGAUGCUUGAUGAAAUUCAAAUAGCCAAAGCAGUGGAUUUUGAUCCCGGACUGCAUCGUCUUAUCGGAUACAUUAGUUCCGAAUUUUCAACAGCAAAGGAACCUGACUCCAACGUAGCAUCCCAUAUUAUAUGUUUUAUGGUUAAAGGCAUAACAACAAAGUGGAAGCAACUAAUAGCAUAUUUUUAUACCGGCAUGUCCGUAGCCCCAUAUCAGCUGUGGGGGAUGAUUAAACAGAUUAUAUGUCACCUUGGAGAAUGCGAAUACAAGGUUGUUAAUGUGGUUAGUGACAUGGCUUCAUCCAACCAGGGUAUGUGGAAAGAAGCGGGAGUGAUUACAAACAGGUUUCAGAUUUCACCAUGUGUUGUUCAUCCCUAUUUUGCUAAUGAAAAUUUAUAUUUUAUGGCCGAUGUGCCUCAUCUGUUAAAAAAUUUGAGAUCUGCUGUAUUAAAAUACGAUCUGGAACUACCAAAAUCAACAGUAGAAAAAUAUAAUUUGCCAACUUCAGUGGUAUCCUCAAAAUUUUUCCAUGCAUUGGUGGAGUUGCAAGAUGGAAAAGAACUGAAACUAGCACCUAAACUUGCGAGAAAAAAUGUUAAUCCAUCACACUACGAAAAAAUGCGAGUGAACACCGCCUCGCAGUUACUAAGCCACACCACUGCAUCGGCAUUGAGAACACUUGUCGCACACAAAGCUAUGGAUGAAAAUGCUUUGACAACCGCCUUCUUUUGUGAAUUCGUGAAUAAUUGGUUUGAUAUAACCAAUUGCAGACAUAUGGGAGAUGCUCUAUUCGAAAAUUCUGAAAAAAAGGUGGAACUCUUAUCUGAGGCAUUGAACGUUAUACAAAGUAUAAAAUUCGUGGGGACUGGAUGGAAACCUGUGCAGUCUGGCUUGCAAUUGUCAACAACCUCAAUUUUAUGCUUACACAAAAAGUUUGUGAUUAAUGGAAAACUUAUUUUUCUCAUGGCAGGAAGGCUUACGCAGGAUGCCCUGGAAAAUUUAUUUUCACAAGUUCGUGGCAAGGGAGUUCAGCACCCGAAACCAACGCAAUUUCGUGUGGCUGUUAAACUUAUAUCAGUCUCACAAUUCAUGACCACUCCGACCACGACAAAUUAUGACAACGACGACACACCCCAUUUACUCGAAUUCAUCAAAACAAAUUUAGAAAACCAGCAAUUAGACCCUGAAAAAACAACAAGUGAGGACUCCAGUGCAAUGGAGGUGUUACUUGGCGCUGCAACAGCUUCCUUUGACACCUGUGAAGCAGAUGCUUUGUAUUAUUUAACUGGUUGGGCUGUGUACAAGGAAGUAAAAAAACAAGACUGUGAAAUUUGCAAAGAUGCUUUUGUUACUAUGGAUAUUGUCAAUCCCGAUGAAUGCCCACAUUCGCUAUUAACUCUUUUUCGGUCUUACACACAUGAUAAAAAUUUGAAAAUUGAUAGUUUUACCCAACAUUUGUGCCACCCAUCCAAAAAAGCAAUCUUAUUUUUGCGCGAAGUAGAAACAAUAUUCCGCGCCAAUGUUAAUGCUUUUUAUAAUAUAAGUUCGCCAGUUACUUUUCUGACAGAUAAAGUUGAUAGCUCUAAAUAUGAUUUUCCAUCUUGCCACAAUGCCGCUUUUAAAAUUUUGAAACGUUUUCUUAAUAUAAGAUUAAAUAUACACGCAAAAGAAGUAACAAAUAAAAUUAUUGAAAAACAGUUUGCAAGUAAAGCUGCAGCAAGAGCUCAAGUCAAAUAAAUUCGUAUAUUAUUUUAAACACUCCAUAUUAUUAGAAUAUUUUGUUAUCUUUUUUGAUAUAUCGUCAUCCUUCAAUGCACGGAGUAUAUUUUUUACCUUUAUUCCUCGGUUAUACGCUGGUUUUAUAUUUAUUUAAUACUCGGUAAUAUCUAGUAAUAAAAAAUCCAUCAAUCGUUGCAAAAUUUAUAUGGUAAAAGUUCUGUUUACGUAGUGGUGCUCGCACCAGGAAUUUUUAUAAUAAAUUGUGUUACUCUUUGUUUAA